AUGCCAGAACCUAAUAAUCCUCGCUACUCGGUCGCAACAACUCAGUCACACGCUGAGAUUGUUGGGUCGCAGUCGCCCUUGAAAUUUCCGUCACCUCGAUUGUCUGCUCCGCCUUCCAUAGCGAAUUUUGACUUUGAAGAAGCCAACAAUGCAGACCGACUGGUUCUUAGUAAAUUUAUUCUGUAUGAAACAAAAGCAUACUAUUACAUGGUGGGAUGCAAUCAAACCGACACGCGUUUUCGAAUAUUAAAGAUUGAUCGCACCUCCGUUUCCGAACUUAACGUUAUAGAAGAUGAUGCAAUAUACUCCAAACAAGAGAUCAAUGACAUUUUAACAGGUCUCGGAGAAGGAAAUAGAGUCACCGGAGGUCUGAAUAAGGUAUUGGAGGCGUAUGGAAUAGUAGGAUUUGUCAGAUUCACGGAAGGUUUUUACAUGUCCUUAAUUAUGAAAAGAAGUCCGGCAGCCUUGAUUGGUGGUCAUUACAUAUAUAAUAUUGACGAAACAAAGCUGCUGGGCAUAAAUUCACAGAGUAAACCCGAGAAGAAUAGCGAAGAGCAAAGAUACAUUUCUACAUUUCAGAAUGUAGAUCUCGCCAAGAACUUUUACUUUAGCUAUACGUACGACAUUACUCAUACACUCCAGCAUAACAUGACACGUCCUCCGGAUCGUCGUAACUUUUCAUACAACGAGAUGUUUGUAUGGAAUCAUUACCUGCUCGAGACUGGAUUCAGAAGCUUAAAAAAUCACUCCGAUUGGAUAUUACCUGUAAUCUACGGCUUUGUAACACAGUCGAAGAUCUCGGUUUAUGGGCGUAACAUUUUUUUAACACUCAUCGCGAGGCGGUCUCGUUACUAUGCUGGUGCGCGAUUUCGUAAGAGGGGAACAAAUGAUCAGGGUUACGUUGCAAACGAUGUUGAAAGCGAGCAAAUCGUAGCAGAGAUGUCGACGACUUCAUUCCAUUUCUCUGGAAACAAGCUGUUUGAUAAUCCAAAUUAUUCUUCGUAUGUCCAACAUCGUGGAUCAAUACCGCUUUUUUGGUCGCAAGAUAUUACGAAUAUGGUUCCAAAGCCGCCAAUAUCAAUCAAUUUCCGAGAUCCAUUCUUCUCGGCUGCUGCAUUACAUUUUGACAACAUGUUCAAAAGAUACGGUGCACCGAUAAUAGUGUUGAAUCUAAUCAAGAUGAAAGAAAAGACUCCGCGCGAAUCAAUCUUGGGUGAUGAAUUUGCUGCAACUAUCGAAUAUCUGAACCAAUUUCUGCCUCCAAACUGUCUUAAAUAUGUUGCGUGGGACAUGUCUAAAGCAAAGAAGAGCGAUGAGGACGUAGUCCGUGCCUUGGAAAAGUUUAACGAAGAAUUCAUUGCUGACACUGGAUUCUUUCACAGUGGUCCAGAGCCAUCUAUAAAUGUGUUGAGAAGAGAAGAAAAAGAGGGCAAGCCGCAAACCCGUCGUCGUCAUUUCCGGCAGAACGGUGUAAUUCGCACAAAUUGUAUUGACUGUCUUGAUCGCACAAACGCAGCCCAGCUUAUUAUUGGCAAAUGUGCCUUGGCGCAUCAGCUUUACGCUCUCGGUAUAAUUGACACACCGUCUAUUCCAUAUGACUCUGAUGUGGUCAAUAUGUUGACAGAGAUGUAUCAUGUACAGGGAGACACUAUAGCUUUACAGUAUGGUGGAUCAAACUUGGUGAGUACUAUGGAUGCAUACAGGAAAAUCAAUGCUUGGUCAAACCAAUCGAGGGACGUUAUUGAAAGUAUAAAACGAUACUACAAUAACGCUUUUACCGGCAAGCCGUCUCUAUGGGAACUUGAAAGUGACUUUACAUUGCACUUUGAAGAUCCUAGGUUUAGGAGACCAAGAAGGAGUUAUAUUAAUUGGUGGACAAAAGACGCUCUCGUACUCAAUGAAGGCAAAGAAGAUGGACUGUCGCAACAUCAAACAAUUCCGCGUAGAGCCCCUCAAUACGAAGAUGAAAAUGAUCCGUAUUGUGGAUAUUGGAUUGAACACUAUAAACCGAGCGAACUCACGUCGUUUUCUAAACUUUUUGCGUACAAUAUUAAUAGCACAGCUCCAGCCAAGGUACCCAACGAAAAUUAUGACUACAGUCCAUUCACAGUAAGGCAAGCACAGCAAAAUAGAUUGUACAUCCUAUACGAUUCGAUGGUAACCAAAAGCCUUAAUCCGAACGUAUCAACGACCGAGGAAAAAGAAUAUAAACGAUACAUUAAGCAAUUUCGGAAUGUUGCAUUAGCAUCAACGCCAACUGGAGAUGAUGAUCCCUCUCUUAUCAACCAUUCCGAUUAUCACAAUUAUUUCAGCUAUGCACACAUUGCUGAUGGUGUCGAUCCAACUAGAGAUUUGCAUGUUCACUCCUACGAUUACCAAGUUUACCAUACACACAAAGAACUGCCAACAAAGGUGGCGGUGAUGCAAACAGUUGGUGCUAAUCAGUAUCACAGCAAUAGCACGACGAAGAAUAGGUAUAAAGACUAUGAGAGUUGGCUAAAGACGGGCAGACUCGUCAGCGCUAAUGGAAAGGGAAGAAAUCGAGGCGAUAACGCGAGUAAGAAAGGCAGUCAUCGGGAUAAAAACAAGAAUCAUGACAAGGAUAUUUAA